AUCAUAUGAUUACUGCAUAGUCCUUCCUGUUUUAUAGGUAUAAAUGGAAGAUUGAUGUGCCAGUUCUCAUGUUGCAGUAGAUAACUACUACCACCCCUUUACUGUUCUCCAUUUAAAUCGGGGAAUCGUCUUAAUAGAGAAAGCAGAGUGUGAAUGCAAAAAGCGCGGACGUCAAGAAUAAAAAUGAUAGACGUUAUAUUGAUCAACCAAUCCCCAUAGCAAUGCUUCAUGUUUACCUGCUCUCAGUCCGAAACGGUAAUUUGGAGUGCAUUCGCAAAAAUUUACGUUACUUGCAAUGACGGCCAGUUGAUAAAUAUUGUGCAAAAUUUCACCAUGGAUUCAGAUCAACAAGAAAUUCGCAUUAAAGAAACGGAAUAUGGGUUGGUUAAAUCACUGCAACAACUAUUUUUCCCAAUAACCAGUGCUCCUAAAAUUAGUAGUUCACCAGGUGGAUAUCUAAUGAAUUUGGUUUUAAAACAAAAUCUCUUUGAGGACGACGAGGAAAACGCGGACGAAUUAUGUUUAAUGAAAAAAGAUUCCAAAGAUCUUUUCGCCGUUAUUAAGGAACCUAGCUCCACAAUCCAACCGGCAAGGUGGCCGGCCGAAUGUCAGGUUUUAGAUGAAAAAGUGCGGCAUAUAUACUAUGUUCCGUCCGUACCGGAACCGUAUUAUUUGCCGAAUGGAAGAGAAGUGCAACCGAAACCGGUUGGAGAGGAGCUUGGUAUGAUCGUGUACCAGUAUUAUCCGAUUAGCGCCGUGAAUUACUUUUGUAGAUCAAGCGUCAAUGGUAGCCGAUAUUUGCUCGAAACUUGCCCAACGCCAGAGGAAGAGUCGCUUAAAUUCGAAUCGAGAUUUGAAAGCGGAAAUUUAGCCAAAGCAAUCAAAAUAACUGCCAUAUAUUAUGAACUAUAUCUUAGAACUGAUCUUUAUACAAAUAAGCAUAUGCAGUGGUUUUAUUUUAAAGUUACCCACAUGAAGAAGGGAAUUGUUUAUAGAUUUUCUAUAGUAAAUAUGACUAAAGACGAAAGUCUUUACAACGAUGGCAUGAAACCACUAUUGUAUUCAACGAAGGAUGCACAGUUGCAUAACGUCGGCUGGAGAAGAUGCGGUGAUAACAUCACGUACUUUUGUAACGAAAAUGUUGGACCUGAGGAUCCGGACCAAGUGAUGACUUAUUCCUUAACUUUUACCCUGGAAUUCCCUCACGAUGACGAUGAGGUUUAUCUUGCAUAUUGCUAUCCUUACACUUACACUGAUCUUCAAGAUUACCUAUUAGAUCUUUCAAAACACCCCGUAAAGUCGACGUACACAUCCUUGCGUUUGCUCUGCAAAACGUUAGCGGGGAAUAAUCUGUAUUACGUGACGGUGACCGCGCCACAAGACAACAGCGAAAUUAAGAGGAAGAAAGCCAUAGUGGUGACGGCUCGAGUGCAUCCCGGUGAAACUCCCGCCUCGUGGAUGAUGAAGGGAUUUUUAGACUUUCUGACGGGAGAUUCCGGUCCCGCCAAGGAGCUACGCGAAAAAUUUAUCUUUAAAUUGGUGCCAAUGCUAAAUCCUGACGGAGUAAUCGUGGGAAACACACGGUGUUCUUUGACCGGCAAGGAUUUAAAUCGACAAUACCGUACCGUAAUAAGAGAGACGUACCCUUCCAUCUGGUACACCAAGCUAUUAAUAAAAAGAAUGCUAGAAGAAUGCGGGGUAGCGAUGUAUUGCGAUCUGCACGCACAUUCGCGGAAGCACAACAUCUUUAUUUAUGGCUGCGAGAACCGACGAGGUCUCGACAGACGUUUGGGUGAACAAGUUUUUCCUUUAAUGCUGCACAAAAACUCCGCCGACAAGUUUUCCUUUGAGAGUUGCAAGUUUCGCAUCCAAAGGUGUAAGGAAGGUACCGGGCGUGUCGUAAUGUGGAUGAUGGGUAUACCCAACAGCUUUACAAUGGAAGCAUCAUUUGCGGGAUCUAGAAUCGGUAAUCGUGCAGAAACGCAUUUCACAGUCCAAGACUAUGAGCUGAUGGGUCGUUCAUUUUGCCAAACUCUUCUCGACUUUUAUGAUGACGAUCCAAGAAAGGAACGAUUAAGAACGAAAAUUGUAGAGAGAUUACUUAAAAAGGGAUCGAAUGCUGACGAACCUACAAAUAUACCGUUAUCAGAUUAUUCCAGCGAUGAGGGUGACACCAGUGAUAGCAGUUCAGAUGAAGUCGGAAGAGAGGAUUUUACCACACCUCUUACCGUACCUCCUCCAUCGCCAAUUGUAAUAUCAAAGAGAACCGUUAAAACUGCUCAACCAAAAAUUAAGCGUCGAGUGCAUAAAGAAUCCCGAAAACCUCUACCUGUAAUGUACAGAACAAACAUAGAUGUAGCACUGCCCCCAGAAAAGAAAAAUUACUUUUCGUCUUCCAAUUCCACUUCUGACUCAGAGGAUCUGUAUUACAAUAAGAAAAUCGUUCAGAAGCGUCGGGUCAAGAAGCGUACACGUAAGAAGUUCCAGCCGAGUUUUGUAAAAGAUGAACUAACUGAAGACAAAUCACCUUGUCGGAGCUUGUCGGUAUUAGAUUUACUUCCUGUUGGUAAACUUCGAGCCAACCAGAAACAUCACUCGACUUACCUACAACCAUCUAAGCAUCCAGUCGAAUCCAGACAUUCUCGAAGUGUUUCACGACAAUUGAUAGAAGUGCAAUACAAGCUAACAUCUUUAAAAAAUCGCUUGUGGCUGGGUAUGAACGAUGGCGACACUUCCCUACCGCUGUCUUGGGGAAUUUCCAAAAUUUCAGAGCUCGAUAGAUCCAGCUCUAAGAGAUUGUCAAAUAAUAGAGCGGCAUCGAAAAGUGCGUCCAAACCAGAUAAGCUCGAAAAGAAGGACGAAAAGUCCGCAAAACCAGAAGUUGAAAAGGUCGCCAAGAAAAAACAAAAUGGGUUGAGAAGACAAACAGCUCUAGGAUGGUUUUCACCAAGAGACCAUAGCAAAGUACGCAAGUCGAAAAGUUUACCGGAUACUGCCAGUCAAAAAUCAAAUGAUGUCGAUAUUCGUGGCUGUGAUGAUAAUAACGCCAAAAAAGAAAAAUCAAAGAAGAAACACAAAAAGCAUAAAUUGCACAAAAAAUCUUCCGCAAUCAAGAACGCCAAUAUAUUCAUUAAAAGAAGUCUGAUUUAAUCAUAUCAUUAUAGUGUUCAGAUCUUUACACAUUUUAUUUAUAAGUAAUACAAUAUAUUGUUUAUCAUUACAUCAUAAAUAUAGUGUUUGUCAU